CAUUUCUCUGAGGGCCGUGGGCAGGCGCCAUUUUGGCCCCAGAGGUGCUUCUGGGAAGUUGGGCGCGAUUCUUCACUUUGCCGGCCGGUGAGGUACGGCCCUGUUGGGUAGCUGGGGUUUCCCGGUCGAAGCGUCGGCGCCCGCCGCUGCCGACUUCCCCGGAGUCUCAGGCGGGGCAGAAGCGCGCCGCUGCGGAGAGAGGUCAGUCCGCCAGGAAGGACGUGACGGGGGCGGCGCGUGGCGCGGACACUCCCCGCCGAGAGCCCGCCUGCCAUGGACUCGGAGUACUACAGCGGUGACCAGUCAGAUGAUGGUGGUGCCACCCCAGUACAGGACGAGCGGGAUUCAGGGUCAGAUGGUGAGGAUGAUGUAAAUGAGCAGCACUCCGGAUCCGACACUGGAAGUGUAGACCGCCAUUCAGAGAAUGAAACUAGUGAUAGAGAAGAUGGCUUGACCAAGAUACGUAAUGGAACAGACUCUGAGAAUGAUGAGCCCUCCAAUGUUAAUGCCAGUGACUCUGAAAGUGAGGAGCUUCACAGGCGAAAGGACAGUGACUCUGAAUCCGAGGAGCAUGCAGAGUCUCCUGCCAGUGAUUCUGAAAAUGAAGCUGUCAACCAACAUGGGAGCGACUCUGAAAAUGAAGAGCUUCUUAAUGGGCAUGCAAGUGACUCUGAAAAGGAAGAGGUUAGAAAGCAUGCAGCCAGCGACUCUGAAACAGAGGACACUCUGCAGCCUCAGGUCAGCGAGUCUGACAGCGAAGACCCCCCAAGGCCCCAGGCCAGUGACUCAGAAAACGAGGAGCCUCCCAAACCUCGGAUCAGUGACUCGGAAAGCGAGGAGCUCCCCAAACCUCGGAUCAGUGACUCAGAAAGUGAGGAUCCUCCAAGGCCCCAGGCCAGUGACUCAGAAAGCGAGGAGCUCCCCAAACCUCGGAUUAGUGACUCAGAAAGUGAGGACCCCCCAAGGCCCCAGGCCAGUGACUCAGAAAGUGAGGAGCUCCCCAAACCCCGAGUCAGCGACUCAGAAAGUGAGGACCCUCAGAAAGGACCUGCUAGUGAUUCUGAAGCUGAGGACGCCUCCAGACACAAAGAAAAGCCAGAAUCAGAUGACAGUGAUGCGGAGAAUAAGAGGGAAGAUUCUGAAGUGCAGAAUGAGUCAGACAGCCAUACAGACAGAAAAGGGCUGCACAGCUCUGACAGCGAGGCGGAAGAACCCAAACGGCCCAAAAUUGACAGUGAUGAUGAUGAAGAAAAGGAGGGGGCUGAGGAGAAAGUAGCAAAGCGGAAGGCUGCUGUGCUUUCUGAUAGUGAGGAGGACGACGACGACACAGCAUCAGCAAAGAAGAGUCGAGUUGUCUCUGAUGCUGAUGACUCUGAUAGUGAUGUUGUAUCAGACAAAUCAGGCAAAAGAGAGAAGACAGUAGCAUCUGACAGUGAAGAAGAAGUCGGGAAAGAAGAGUCUUCUGUAAAGAAGAAUGAAGAGAAGGAUCUGUUUGGGAGUGAUAGUGAAUCAGGCAAUGAAGAAGAAAAUCUUAUUGCAGAUAUAUUUGGAGAAUCUGGUGAUGAAGAAGAAGAGGAAUUUACGGGUUUUAACCAAGAAGAUUUGGAGGAAGAGAAAAAUGAAACACAGCUAAAAGAAGCAGAAGAUUCUGAUUCCGAUGAUAACAUAAAGAGAGGAAAGCAUAUGGACUUUCUGUCAGACUUUGAGAUGAUGUUACAACGAAAAAAGAGCAUGUGUGGCAAACGCAGACGAAAUCGAGAUGGGGGCACUUUUAUUAGUGAUGCCGAUGAUGUUGUGAGUGCCAUGAUUGUCAAGAUGAAUGAAGCAGCUGAGGAAGACAGGCAAUUGAAUAAUCAAAAAAAGCCAGCUCUGAAAAAAUUAACCUUACUGCCUACCGUGGUUAUGCACCUUAAAAAGCAGGACCUUAAAGAAACAUUUAUUGACAGUGGUGUGAUGUCUGCCAUUAAAGAAUGGCUCUCACCUCUACCAGAUAGGAGUUUGCCUGCACUGAAGAUUCGGGAGGAAUUGUUAAAGAUUCUGCAAGAGCUACCUAGUGUGAGCCAGGAGACCCUGAAGCACAGUGGGAUUGGCCGGGCGGUGAUGUACCUGUACAAGCACCCUAAGGAGUCCAGGUCCAACAAGGACAUGGCAGGGAAAUUGAUCAAUGAGUGGUCUCGACCCAUAUUUGGUCUUACCUCAAACUAUAAAGGAAUGACAAGAGAAGAAAGGGAGCAGAGAGAUCUAGAACAAAUGCCACAGCGACGAAGAAUGAGCAGCACUGGUGGUCAGACACCACGAAGAGACCUGGAGAAGGUACUAACAGGAGAGGAAAAGGCUCUUAGACCUGGAGAUCCUGGCUUCUGUGCCCGUGCGAGAGUCCCAAUGCCGUCAAACAAGGACUAUGUGGUCAGGCCCAAGUGGAAUGUAGAGAUGGAGUCAUCCAGGCUUGGUAUUCUUAAAAAGGGCCUAAGUCGAUUGGAAAAGCAUAAGAGGCGGUUUGCAGAACAGAAGAGGCUCAGCAAAACGCACCGUGCUGUCAAGUUCAGCAUUGAAGGCAACAGGAUGCCCCUGUAGCCCUGGCCUUCCAGAUUGUGUGUAAGAGAUAUUCCCAAGGAAGCAUGAGCUGUGCAUGGGCUUGGAUUGCCAGCAGAGUAGAAACAAGUAUGUGCUUUCCUAGGCACAAAAAAAGCCGGACCUGAAAUCAGCUUCUGAAACAAAUAAUCCUGCCCAGCAUCAUGAGUCACUAAGGCUUCUGAAUCUUAGGAAUUGACAUUGAGGUCCCCUUCUAUGUCAAUAAUAAUAGAGUCAGUGACAUGAUAGCAUUCAUCAAGAACUCAUUAACACCUUCUACUGGAUAUGAAGAUAUAUUCAAUAGGUAUUCAUUAGCUGGUGUUAUAAGCCAGUGACAUUGAGAUCGAGAGUAACACCUCACUGCUGGGCACAGUAUCUUGCUGUCUUUUGUGCUUUUCUGCUUCCUUCAAUUCCUUUAUGUUCUUGCUAUGAUGUGCUUGCUCUUAACUACUGAAAACUGAGUAAAGGAGAUGGGCUUUAUGUAGAUCAUAUUUCCUCCACACAGACUUCCUUUUUUCUGGUUCCAUACCUAAACUGAUGGCCACUUCUCCUUGCUAUUCCUUCUUAUUCUUUUUUUAACCUCCUUAUAUUUUUUCACAUAUCCUCCCUUAUUUUAGCCACCUUAUUUAUAUUCCUUUCCUAAUAUUUUGUUUUUGAAAGUUGGAAAUGAUAAUGCAGCCACAAAAAUGUAAUAAAAAUUUGUUGGCCAGUCUGCUCUAGAAGCACAGUCCAUGUUUCUAGGGCCCAUGUGCCUAUUGUCUGUUGUGGCUUAUUAUGAACGCAUAUCCUUGUAGGUGGAGUGGUCAGGAGAGCUGUGUAUUCUCUUCCUCCAGUGUGAAGGAGAGCUCCCUUCCCGCGUUUCCAAUCAUAAUUUGCUGAUAUUUAUCUAGGCUGCCAAAAUUUAACUCUUACCAAUCAGACUGGUAUAUCAUUUUGUUCAUUUUUCCUCAUUAAUCUUCAUGGGAGAUUUAUUUUUAAGGGAUAUGUAAUAGUCUUUGUGAUUAAUGUGAAUAUAUACUUAUUUGCUUAUUUCUGAUUUAAAAAAAAAAAAACUUUAUUUUGGGAAUGAAGAGAUGACUCAGUGGUUAAGAGCACUCUUCUUUCAGAGGUCCUGAGUUCAAUUCCCAGCAACCACAUGGUGGCUCACAACCAUCUGUAAUGGAAUCCAAUGCCCUCUUCUAGUGUGUUUGAGGAGAGAGGCAACAGUGUACUCACAUACAUAAUAUAAGUAAAUAAGUCUUAAAAAAAUAAAAUCAAAUUUUUUUUGUUUUGACAGACAAUAUUUUGGCUGGCCCAAACCUUGCUAUGGCCUCAAACUCAUAGAGAUCCAUCUCUUUGAAUGAUGGGGCUUUUUUAAAAAAGUAAUAGUAAAAUGGUGGCAGCAAUGUAUAGUUUUUUAAAAAUAUGCAUAUUUUUAUAUAAAGUUUUAGAAUACAGGCAUUACAGAUAAAAUUAAUACAAUAUACACUCUCGCUAUAAGUUAAC